GGGUGGGGCAACGCUGGGAGCAGUGGCGGUGCUGGCAGCAGGAGCAGCAUGAGGGAGGCUUGGUUCCGGGACCACUUCUGGAGCACGGAUCUGACGAGCACAGUUGGCUAUGACAGCAUCAUCCAACAUCUGAACGAUGGCAGGAAGAACUGCAAAGAGUUUGAAGACUUUCUGAAGGAAAGAGCAGUUAUAGAAGAAAAAUAUGGCAAAGAGCUCAUUAACUUGUCAAAGAAGAAGCCUUGUGGGCAGACGGAGCUGAAUACCCUGAAGAGAUCCCUGGAUGCUUUCAAGCAACAGAUAGAUAAUGUGGGACAAGGUCACAUCCAGCUGGCACAAACUCUUCGGGAGGAAGCAAAGAAAAUGGAGGAUUUCAGGGAAAAGCAAAAGCUUCAUCGAAAAAAGAUAGAGCUCAUAAUGGAGGCAAUUCACAAGAACAGGAAUUUGCAGUACAAGAAGACCAUGGAGGCCAAGCGGCUCUAUGAGCAGCGCUGCAGGGAUAAGGAUGAAGCAGAGCAGGCUGUGCACCGCAAUGCAAACCUGGUCACACAGAAGCAGCAGGAGAAGCUCUUUCUGAAGCUGGCUCAGACAAAAUCAGCUCUGGAAGAUUCAGACAGGAGCUACCAGCAGAGCAUUACUUCACUUGAGAAGAUCCGGGAAGAAUGGCAGAAAGAGCACAUCAAGGCUUGUGAGUUCUUUGAGGCUCAGGAGUGCGAGCGCAUCAGCUACUUCCGCAACGCCAUCUGGCUUCAUGUCAACCAGCUCUCCCAGAGCUGUGUCCAGAAUGAUGAGAAAUAUGAGGAAAUCCGCAAGAGCUUAGAAAUGUGCAGCAUUGAGAAGGACAUUGAGUUCUUUGUGAAUUUACGCAAAACUGGAAGCUCAGCCCCAGCUCCUAUUGUUUAUGAAAACUACUACAAUACUCAGAGGAAUGUGACUCCUGUGAGAAGUCCAGCUUCUGUACCUAUAUCAAGGAGGGGGCCUCUACCCACCCCGACCAGUGGGCCAGGUGAUCCUGAUUAUGCCACAAUCGAUGGCUACAGCUUGAUACACCACUAAUAGCCACCGUUCUUCAGGCAGAAGACACUGUUGGUCUGGCCAGCACAGCAGAAUUGGUGUUUUCACUUAUUCCCAGCUUCUCCAUUUCAAGAAAAUAUUUGAAGACUCUGAUAAUUAUUUGUACACGCAGAAAGUACCUACUAAAAAUCUUUUCCUUUGGUCAGAAAACUCCUUGGACAGAUAUCCUGUCUUCACACUCAGGAAGAGUGCUUGUAAGCAGCAAAGCCUCCUUCAUGGUUCCUACAGGCUGCUGCUGCAGUAGCAGCAUGUUGCUUCAUGGCAACUAUCUACUCCAUAACACACUGCACAAUUUCUUUAUGGGGAUUUUUCAGCCUACAGGGUACAAUAAAGGCUGUUAGGCUGAAUACUGAUGUCCAAGAAAUUUGGAUGGCUCCUUCAGACUCAGGGUUGUGGGGAUGGAAUGCUGUUUCUGCAUUAGAUAUCGAAAAAGGCAACUGAUCUGAAGGAGAAGAUAAUGUAUUUGUGUUUUGUAACUUGUCCUUAGAAACCUUGAUAAUUCUGUGAUUCUGUGAUUCUGUGAAAUAGUUGAUGUAAAAAGUAGAAGUACUGUGUAUGUUAGUAGCAUAUUUUAGAAAUAUAGUUGCUGAAUUAUGUGAUUAAUUCUUGCUUGCAAAA